CAUCGAUACAUCUAUGUUUCUCUUACACCUCCAAGCUGCACAAUAAAUUUAUUGUUUUCUCAACCGAUUGCGAGGAAUAUCCAGAUAUCCGUGGCAGAUAAACAAUGCUGCAGCGCUAGGCCCCAAAAUCGAAGUGAAUAGGCGGUUCGGAAAGUGGUAGAUACACUUUGCAGAACACAAGAAUAGCACUAAAUCAAAAGGCAGCCCAACUGGCAGUGUGUGCGUGCGUGUACGUGAGUGAGAGUGUGCUGUCGCAGUGUGCGUGUGUUUGUGUAAAAAUGAAAAUCAGUCAGAUUUGUAUCGUCGUUUAAUGUCUUUUAGGCAUUUAGCCAGACUUUUACACAUUUCUACAAUAGUUCCCAAAAGUGGGAGGGACUUUCCCCCCGCGGCCACAAGACACGCCACACAUUACAUACAACACCUGUGCACUCGCAAAAACGAUCGACAGACUUAGCGCGCGGAUUAACUUGAUUCAUUUGGAUACGAAUACGGGUACGGAUACGGAUUAUACACCAUAGUUUCGGAACAAAACACUUAGGAAACGCCUGCUAUGCUGUUUCAUCUCCGCCGGAGAACUACGACAACCACCUGCUGAAACCCGCAGACAGACAGCAGCCCAGAGAUCCGAGAAUUUCAUUCACAGAAGCUACAGGCCCCAGUCGAAAACCGAAACCCGCUUCAAGAUGGCUAUUCCGCCACCCCCGGGACCACCGCCGCCGCCAGGACCUCCACCGCCUCCGGCGAUGGGCGGUCUUAAAUUGGGCGGCGCAGGAGGAGGAGCAGACGCACGAUCUGCGCUGCUCAGUUCGAUUCAGAAGGGGACAAAGCUGAAGAAGACCACCACGGUGGACAAGAGUGGGCCAGCGCUGUCGGGUAAGGUGUGCGGAGGAGAUGGAGGAGCAGGUAUUGGAGCCAAGCGAACCCUCAACAACAACACCAGCACCAGCAACCACAACAACAGCAGCAGUGGCAGCAAUGGCCUUGGCAAUGGUACCCCCAAAUUGGGAGGCCUGUUCGAAGGCCUCUCGCAAAUGCCAAAACUGAAGCCCGUGAAUGGCAUUCGCGCAGCGCCAUCCGUCGGCUCGGCAGCAACAACGACAUCGAAGUCCACAACGAACUCAUCGGCUCAGCAGCGGAGCAACAGCCCCCCAACCGCGGCGAGCGCCUCGAAUGCCAGCAACGGACCCAUGGACUUCAACACGGAGCUCACCAAGCACUUAACGCUGAAGCGCCAGAAACAGCAGCAGCAACAACCACAGCCGCCGACAAACAACACACAUAUCAAUGCCACAGAAGCCAAUCUGAGAACAAAUCGGGGACCACCACCGCAACCGCCAAAGUCAGCCAACACAAGUGAUUCGAUCUUGGAACGCAUGAACAUCCCCCGCACAGCGCCGACCCCCUCCUUCGGCUCCAGUUCGAGUGUCAAAGCGGCAUCGCCCACGCUCUCGGACAGCGGCAGCAACAGCAGCGGGAGUGGAGGUGGAAGUGGAAGUGUCAAGAGCAAGGCGGCCAACCUAAAUAUCUCGUUAGGAAAUAGCUUUGUAAAUAGUUCAAAAUCAACCGCAAGUGCCUCGACCACGUCCUUAAACAGCAGUCAAACGUCCUCGACGGGAUCGAUGCGCCAACUGGCGCCGAAUAAGUCCACAUUGUUUGGUGGCAGCGGUGGCUCAAGUUCCGGGCCGAGUUCUGGUGGUGGUUAUGCAACUGUGCAGAAAUCCUCGCCGCCUUCAACGGCCGAUAGCACGCCCUCUGUGACGCCCACACCGCCACCGCUGCAGCUGCCGACGAAGCCGGCCAUCAGUUUUGGCAAGCCCAAUUUUGCUCCAAAGCCACCGGGCUUGAAUCAACUGGCGAUGGCCAACGGUCAGCAGCGUCCGGCGGUGACCAGGCACCACAGCAUGAAGUCGCCCAGAUCUCCGCCUGCGGCCGGCAGCCUCAACGGUCCUUUGUUCCCCACCCAGCAGCAUUUAGGCACCCUGCGCGGUCCACUGCAGUUCCAUGGCAGCGAAUCCAGCAGCCCCAACACCAGCGCCGGCAGCAUGAGAUGUGCCCCUAACCCGCCAAAGUGUAAGAGUCCUUUUCUUGCCCGCCCAUCGGUAAAGCCACCACCACCACCCACGCCGGCUCGCAGUUUCUCCAACACCAAUCUGAACCACAUCGGCGGAUCGACGACGUUCAGUGCGGUAAACACAGCGCUCAUCCAGAGCUCGGCCAUCAGUUCUCAAGCUCCCUCACCUCCAAUUACCCAGCCGCCAUCGUCCUCGAGCAGCAGCAACAGCGUGGCUGCCCUGCGUGACCAGUUCCGUGGAGGCGCUGGAAUGUCCAACGGAGCCCCAUCGCCGCCACUGCCGCCGACGCCCGCUCCCACAUCCAAUCCAUCCUCAGCAAGCGCCAGUCCAAAGUCGUUGCAGCGAGACAAUGUCAAGCCCAUUAUCCUAAAUGGAGGUCCUCUAAAUCCGCCAGCGCCGCCGCCACACCGCAGCUGCCCACCUCCGCCGCCGCCACAGCGACAGUCGAGCAAUGGUGGCUCCGGAUCGGGAUCAGCGCCAGUUCCGCCGCAGCGUCACUCAUCCAUUCGGCCCAACGCCCCAUCAACGCCACCAACGCACAUGGCCAAUGCUUCGCAUCAGUUUGGCAGCAGCUCGGGAUUGUCAUCAGGUUCGGGAGCAGGAGCUGCAGCCAGCGUGGGUCGCCUGGUCAACGACUUGGAGACCAAGUUCGGAAAGCGAUUCCACAACGUCACUGAGUUCCCCAAGCCGCCGCCGUUUUUAAAUAUACAAAAAGUCUAUCCUAGUCGCACGUUUAAGGCCACCAAUGCGCCCGGAAACAGCAAUGUGAACAACAACAACAACGCGGUGGCCAGCAACAAUAACACGACCACGACUCCCAAUCCCAGCGGGUCCGGAGGAGGAUCAGCUCCAGUGCUAAAGCCGGCCUACGCUCCACUGAAGAAGCAUCGGGCACCGGCUCCACCUCCACAAGCUGGUGUGGCCGCCGCCACGGUAUCGGUCAUCCGGCAGUCAAGCUUCCUUUACGGCGGAGCAGCAGGUGGUUCCGGUGGCUCCAGUAGCAUACGGCCGCAGUCCCAACCGCCCGGGAUCGGACCACGGAACUCCACCGUCUACUGAGCAAUGGACAGUGCACAAAGCUUAGGGUUUGAUUUGUAUAUAAGAGUGUGCAUGUGGAGUGUGUGUUUGUGGCUCGUUGUUGAUGUGUUAUACGCGGGAGUGUUAUGUGCCACAGGCAAUUGUUCAAAAAGUCAAUAGAAAGUGUAAUAAACCGAAUACCAUGGCACACUGAAACCCCCAAAAAAGAGCUUGAAGUAAAGGCAGGCCCAAGCUAAAGAAAUCCCCAACAUUUCGUUCGCGUCUUCCCAGGUUGCACUUAAAUGGCUAAAGCAGAGAACAAAUGAAGCCCCACUACAAUUUGUAUAUAGAAUUAGCACCAUGUUAGUGAAAUUACCAAGCUCCAUCUAUACCUUUUAUAGGCGGGUGUAAAUGUUUGUAUGUACAUUUAGGAGCGCGCAUCUUUGCAUAAAUAUCUUACUAGACUGAACAUGUUAAAACCCAACUGCAACAAAUAAUUUAUGUAAUUAUAUACAUACCAUAUUUAGAAUCGACUAUUGUACGACUUAAUCCAACGGCAAAAAAUAAUUAAUGUAAUUGUAUACAUACGAUAUUUAGAAUCGACUAUUGUACGAAUUAAUCCCCUAGAGCAAUACACACAAAAGAGAAAUAUGUUAACAAUGAAAUAAUGAAGCACAACCGAGGGCAUUUCAACGAAACUCGCCACAUUCCAUUCCCAAAUUCUUUAGUUCUAUGUGCAAUACGAGAGUUCGUGUGAUAAUCUCGAAAGUAUUUAGGUAUUUAUCUAUCAUCUGUGGUUUUUGCUAAACGUUUGUUAAACUCCUUUUUGGGCGAUAAUUAUUGCACGUGAGCAUAAUGCAUAUUUAUAUUAUUGUUCGUUCUUAUUAUUAACUCAAUCAUUGUUGUUGGACUUGGUGUCAUUAGAAGUAUUAUUCAGCAAUUGCAUAACAUUUUAUUCCGAAUCAAAAUCAUUGCAGUUAUAAAUAAAAUAACGAAGUCAUUCAAAAACUGA